AUGUCGUCACCGCCUCGACCUCGGAUCCUCUGGUCAGCUGACCCUUUUAAUCCGCCUUUGGCCUGUCGCGUUGGGGCUGACUCUCUGAGCAUCGGUUGCAAACGCGCACUUCCAGGACGAUUUUCAAACCUCGUCCGUUGUCUUGGCACAGGAGGCCUGGGGUACAUCGGGAGCCACACGGUGGUGCAGCUUAUUGAGGAAGGCUACGACGUGUUGAUAGUGGACAACUUCUCGAAUGCCCCCCCCAUAGUCGAAGACCGCAUACGGGCGAUUACGAAUGCAACAGAGGAGCAGCUGUGUGUUGUGCAGUUGGACGUCAGGGAUAAACACAACACCCUGGAGCUCUUCAAGAAGCAGCGCGUUGAUGCCGUGAUCCACUACGCUGCGCUGAAGGCAGUCGGGGAGUCCGUACAGCAGCCACUGCAGUACUACGAGAACAACGUUGGCGGAACAUGCAGCCUUUUGGAGGCCAUGACAGCCACCAGCGUGAAGUGCCUCGUCUUCUCCUCCUCCGCUACUGUCUACGCACCCAAACCAGACUCGAAGAUCUGCGAGAAAGAUCCGCUAGGACCCUCAAACCCCUACGGGCAAACCAAACUCAUGAUUGAACAGAUUCUCCGAGAUGUAUACACUGCCGAUCCGACUUGGAAAAUCUCGAUUUUACGCUACUUCAAUCCCGUGGGGGCGCAUCCAAGCGGCUUGAUCGGGGAAUCGCCAGAACAACCGAACAACCUCCUGCCUGUUAUACAGCACGUCGCCAUUGGCCGAAGGGACCGCCUUCAAGUGUAUGGAGAUGACUGGGAUACACCCGAUGGUACUGGAGUGCGCGACUACCUCCAUGUUGAUGACUUGGCGUCAGGGCACCUUGCGGCACUUAAGAAGCUGCUGAAAGCUUCGGAUGGCCAACUCCUCAUCCACAACCUCGGAACGGGCCGUGGGUACUCCGUGUUGGAGCUGAAGGAGCUUUUUGAGAAGGCUUGCGGCAAGAAAAUUCCUCAUGAGGUUGUCGGAAGACGGCCAGGCGACUUGGCAUGUGUUGUAGCAGAUCCGAGUUUGGCGGAGGCCACUCUUUGCUGGAAGGCAACCCGCACCAUCGAGGAGGCAUGCAGCUCUGCUUGGCGCUGGCAGUCUAAGAACCCUCACGGCUACAUUUGA